AUGAUAUCCAUAAAAUGCAUUCUGUUCAUCUGCAUCUAUGAUGUCUUUUGGGGAGUCACUGCUGCUCACACAAGGUUUGCUAUGCCGUCGAGUAGUCGAGCAUUCUUGGUCAGACAACAACAACAACAACAACAACAACAACAACAACAACAACAACAUCUACUACAAGAUUCAAUACUACUUGUCAGAGGAGGAGCAGGAUACUAUGAUGAUGCUGAUGAUGAUCCAUACUAUUCUCAAGAUCCGCGUGGGAGAAAUAAUGAUGACUACUACUACGAUGGACGCGACGAUGAUUACCCACCAUCGGGUCGUCGGAGUCCAAGAAGCGGUGCUGGUAUUUCCGUAACCCAACUAGUGAAAUCUGGUAAUCGCAAAAUUGGUGUCCCCAUGUUGGGAGUGGGUGCUGCCUUGACAGUUUUGGGCAUGUCCCUCUUUUUCAACAAGACCCUGAUGCGAUUGGGAAAUUUGUGUUUUGUAGCUGGGGUUCCCUUGACGAUUGGACCGGGUCGGACGAUGGGAUACCUCGUCAAAAAAGAAAAAGCACGGGCGACUGUGUGCUUGGCGUUGGGUUUUCUACUUGUCUUUGCGGGCUGGCCAGUGGUGGGAAUCGUGUUGGAAGCCUUUGGGUUCUUGAAUCUAUUUGGAAACUUGUUCCCCGUUGCCAUGGCUAUACUCAAAAACAUGCCAGUGAUUGGACCCUUGCUGAAGGGCACAAAAAAUAAAGGCCGAUCGCGAAAUGAUGACUACGGCAGGGAUCCAUAUUAUGAUGACCGGUACAACGACCGAUACGACAAUAGGGGGUACGAUGAUCGAAAUUCUUAUUAUCCAGAUAAAGAUGAUGACAAUCGAGGAUACUAUUAG